AUGGCGCACAGCUUAUCCUCCUCCGAUGCUUCUGCUACUCACGGCCUCAAUCCAUUCGUCGCGCAGCUGCCCAUCGCCGCCUCCACCGUGCAACUCGUCAACAUUCCCUCUCAUGUGCCUGACAUCCUGGAUCUGAAAGACUCGAACUACUUCGCCUGGAGUUCCUUCUUCGAGCUGACGUUCCGCAAGUUCAGCAUCUUCGAUCACGUUGACGGCACGAUCGACGUCCAGACUCGCAUCUACGAUGCCGAGUGGACCAAGAUCGAUCACUGCAUCGUCUCUUGGAUCUACCUCACUGUGUCCAAGGACAUUCGCGACAUGGUGUUCCAGCGGCGCACGACGGCGUACGCCCUCUGGAUGGCGGUUCGUGGCCUCUUCCUCAACAAUGCCACGUACCGUGCCGUAUACGCGCUGCAGGACUUCCACAGGCUGUACCAAGGUGAGCUCAGUGUUGCCGAUUAUUGCUGCCAACUCAAGAAACUGGCCGACACACUCUGGGAUGUUGGCCACCCCAUCACUGAUCGGGAACUCGUCAUCAACACACUCCGCAGGCUCAACUCCAAGUUCAGCAACGCCAUCGGCGUCCUCGGCGCCAUGAUGAACCCUCCUCCAACUUUCUUGUACGUGCGCUCCUACCUGCUCUAG